AUGGCCUCUGUGUUAAGUGAUCCCGUCUGGGUCGCUCCGGAGCAGGACGCAUCGUCGUCUGUCAGCAGAGCCGGACUGAAGGUUGAGGAUCACGGACAAGUGUUCUCCAACAGCAGGGAUGCGACCACGGGAACUUCCACAUUUCACCAUUAUCAUUUGGGUAAAUCAGAGAUGAACAGCUAUCCUUCUCUCCACCAGCAGGGAUUAGGAGACCCCAAGGCGUUGUGCCGGGACAGCGCUCUAAUGCUCGAGCCUUCCUUCAGCGAGGACCUCAGCUGUCCUUACAGCAUUAACAUGAGCUUACUGCUUCCGGACAUCUCCUACCUGCACCCUGCCCUCUGCAGGCCUAUGAGGCCCUUCAAGACAGAGCCUCUUUCCCACCCCCUCGUCCAUCCCGGCUGUCAGGACACCAGAGUGCCACCAAAUCUCCCAGAAUACCCAGCUGUUUUCAGUAUGGCUGAUACAACCGGCAGCAACUUCUUGGUCAAACAGGAACUGUCAUCUGUGGACUUUCAGGAUGUAACCAUGGUCCAGCUGCUGAACUCUGAUUUGGACCAGCUGAUUCAUGGCGUGCAGGUGAACUCGGAUUUGCAAAGUGGCAUCCAUACUUGCCCAUUAAGUCUUCCUCUUGGGAAUGUCCAUUUAGGCCCCGUCCAAAACUCUGAAAAGACAUUAAGUGGGCCACCGAACGAAGUUUACCCACCAGCCGCAUACUUAAACCAUCAGCAGAGACCAACAUAUUUGCCACCAUCCCCACCUAACUCAGAGCCAGCAAGUCCGGGCCGAGGAAAAGAGAUUCUCCACAAUUUUUCUCCGCCUCCUUCCUACGAAGCAAGCAUUGCCUCCAAAUUGACUUUUCAGAACCAUAACUUUGAGCCCGGUCAGACUUCAAGUCUCGCAUCAACCCAAAGCCCUAAUACAACUCCCGUCCCGAGUUCCCUCGCUGGGUUAGUCCACAGCUCAGGAAGGCUUCAAAGUUCAAGUCUCUGUCCGAUUCAGCCCACCGGACCGCUUCAGACCAAUUUGAGUGCUGGUCCAUUGUCACCGGUCUUGGCUCAGUCAGCUCCAGUGAAGUUUAACCGCAGGAAUAAUCCCGACCUGGAGAGAAGACGGAUUCACCACUGUGACGUCCCAGGAUGCAAGAAAGUGUAUACCAAGUCUUCCCAUUUAAAAGCCCAUCUCCGGACCCACACUGGGGAGAAGCCUUACCGAUGCUCGUGGGAAGGCUGCGAGUGGCGCUUCGCGCGUUCUGAUGAGCUGACCCGCCAUUUCCGGAAACACACCGGGGCGAAGCCUUUUCAAUGCGGCGUGUGUAACCGCUGUUUCUCCCGCUCCGACCACCUGGCCCUCCACAUGAAGCGCCACCAGAGCUAG